UUCUUUUUCAUUUCUUUUUUGUUUUUCUUUCUUUAUUUUACUUAUAGUUAUCAAUAUAUUAUUUUUAUAUUGUUUUUAUAUUAUUUUGAAAUAUACGUAAAGUCUAUUACUAUUAUUAUGCAAAUAGAACACAGUCUUAUAUUCCGGGUAGUUAAUAUCAUUGUGGGUGCAUUUAUGAUUAUUGGUGGUGUAGUUACUAUUCUUACUGGAGGAUUCCCUCAAUUCAUUCGUGGUAUUUAUUGUAUAUUAUUUGGUGUUAUGGUAUUCUUAUUUGAAUUUCGUUUACCAUCUGUUGUAUCUCAACAUGUAUCGUUCAUGUUCUCAUUCUUUGGUCGUGGUAUUUUCUAUAUAUUUAUUGGAUGUAUUUUAUUGAACUAUCUUGCUCUCGGUAUUGCAUCUGGUGUAAUUGUGGCGAUCGCUGGUGUAGCUUAUGUUAUUCUUCAAUUUGUUCCUUCGAUCGAACCUCCAAGUAAUAUGAAGCGUGAAGCCUUGGAUGAUUCUUUACAACACGGAGCUGGACUUGGAACUCGGGCUUCAAAUUGGGCAAACGAACAUCCACAACAAUCAACAGGAUCCCCUUAUGGUCAAUCAGCUGCGGAAGCCGGGUAUGUUUCUGGAGGAAAUAUAUAGUUACGUUUUUUUUUUUUUUAUAUUGUGGAUUUAGGAUGAAAAUUUUUUUAUUCACGUUUUAUUAUUAUUAUUAUCAUUAAUAUUAUUACUAUUACUAUUAUUAUUAUUAUUAUUAUUAUUCUGUUUUUGUUAUACUUAUCUAUGAAUAAACCUUCUUCAAUUAAUUUUUAUAAGGAUGAUGAUGAAUAAUACUUGAUGACGAAUAUUGGAC